UUCCCUCACCCACAAUCCAAAGUUCCCAAAACCCAGCCUUAUAUUUUCUAGACCUAGCUUUUUUCUAGACCUAGCUUUUCCAAGAUUUCGCGGCUCCUCUGCGUCCCAGCUCACAUGCAUCCUUCCUCCAUCAACUAAUCCAUUAUUUCCACUCUAUCUCCCACUUUCCGCACCAGCCGACAAACUUCCACCGACGCCUUCAUGCGACAAAUAAAGCCGGAGACCGAGCUAAUAAGUAACAACCCAAACAAACUGUUCCUUUCUUUUAUCUCCACUUUUCUCUCUUAAACUCGCGUUAUAUCAUCACCAACUAAUUCCGGUUUCGCGUUAAAUAAAGAAAGAUUGCAUCCCAUGUUACUCGUACGGCCGUCUUCCUUUCUUUUUUUAGUCGUCUCCAUCGCAUCCAAGACGCGUGUCCUUCGGCUUUUAAGCCCACCCCCCGACCUUUCUCGCUACCCAAGAAUGUCAGUACCCAACCCCGACGAGAAGGUCGCCGGCGGCGGCGGGAGCGGCCGGUCGCUGCCUCCCAAACUCCUCACCGCCGCGCUCCUCGCCGCCCUACUCUUAUGGACAGUCAUCGACCUCUCCGUCGUAGCCGGUCGCUCCCCUCUCCCCUCCCUCCACUUCCGCUACUACCUCGGCUCCUACUCCGCUUCCACUUCCUCCCCCCCCGUCCCCGUCCCCACCCCCGCCCCCGCCACCGCCUCCCCGCCUCCUUCGCCACCCCUGGGACCAACCUCCGCUGCCGCCGGUCACGACCGGAGCUGGCUCUCCCUCACGAUGCUGCCGAACUUCACCUCCACUCUCCUUUCCCGCUGGCGCGGCACCGGCGGUGAGCCCUGCCGGGACUCCCGCACCGCCAACAUCUCCGUCCCCGCCCUCGACGGCGUUCGCCCCAUCGAACUACCCGCCGGGGAGAUCCACGAAUUCGCGAUCUCGGCGCUGGACGACGCCGGCUGGUACCGGUGCGUUGGCGGGGACUACUUCGAGACCGACCUCUCCGGCGACUCCUGGAAGUCCCGCCCCCCCAUCAUCGACCACGGCAACGGCUCCUACACUUUCAAGCUCCAGGUCCACCCCCAGUUUGCGGGCGACUACAGCCUCAGCAUCGUCCUCCUCUUUCGCAGCUUCGAGGGGCUCAAAUACUCGACGCAGCGGUUCAAGUUCCGGCGAGAGCUGAGAAGGUUUCAGAUCAAGUUCUUGACGAGCAAUGCCUCCUUGCCGGAUCUUCGAAUUUGCAGCACCACGGACUUCUCCCGCGAGGUUUGGUCCGGCCGGUGGACUCGGCACGGCAAGAACGAGCGAUGCAGCGUGGACAGCGACGGCCGGUACCGCUGCCUCGGCCCCAAUUUCCCCUGCCAGCCGCCGUGGUGCGACGGCCCGCUGGGCGCGCUGGAGAGCAACGGCUGGGUCUACUCCGCCCACUGCUCGUUCAGGAUCUUCUCCCAGGAUUCGGCGUGGAAAUGCCUCCACAAUAAAUGGCUCUUCUUCUGGGGCGACUCCAACCACGUCGACACCCUUCGGAAUCUACUCAACUUCGUGCUCGGAUUGACGGAGAUCCCGUCGGUUCCCCGGCGAUUCGACGCAAAAUUCCGUAACCCCAAGAACAGCUCGCAGAGUGUGAGGAUCACAAGCGUCUUCAACGGGCACUGGAACGAGUCCUUGAACUACAUGGGCUUGCAAUCGCUUCGGGAUGAGAGUUUCCGGCGACUCCUGUGGAAUUACUUCUCAGAGGAUCGAGCUCCGGAUGUGAUGAUAUUAAACUCCGGCUUGCACGACGGGGUCUACUGGAGGAGUGUCCAGAGAUUCACCGAUGCGGCGGAGUACGCGGCCGGGUUCUGGGAGGAAGUGAUGAGGCAUGCGAGGGAGAAGGGAAAUGGAACGGCGCCGAAGCUGUUCUACCGGACGACGAUCGCGACCGGGGGGUACGCGAGGGACCUCGCGUUCAAUCCGAGCAAGAUGGAGGCUUUCAACGGCGUGAUGGUGGAGAAAUUGGGGAAGAGACGGUUGCUUACCGGCGGGGUGAUCGACGAGUUCGAUAUGACGUUCCCGUGGCACUACGACAACCGGUGCAAUGACGGGGUGCACUACGGCCGGCCGCCGGCCAAGGCAAGGUGGAGGGACGGGGAGGUCGGGCACCAGUAUUUUGUGGACUUGAUGCUGGCUCAUGUGCUGCUCAAUGCCAUCUGCCAUGGGUGACCGGCGGUGGUGCCCAUUUGGAUGCUGGUUACCUCUCAAACUUGGAGCUCGCCAUGGAUGGAACUCGAUGCUGCACUUGGGAUUGUUUCAUUUAGAAGACUCAGAACUCAGAAGUAUAUGAUCAGAAAAAGUUGUAUUCUUAUAUUCAUUUUGGCUCGUUUACUUGUAGAUUAUAGCUGAUAUUACGAAAUAGGAAUUUGUAAUUGUCAUAGAGAUUUUGUUGUCGAUUAUAGAGCUGGCAGAAAUUGAUGUAUUUAUCUUUUGAAAAAAGUUUAUGAUUUCAAAAUAAGAAUAUAAUCAUAACACAA